AUGCUUCGAAUUCUUUCACUUUUACUAACCUUGAUUCCGAUCACACAUGGAAUAAAUUGUGUAUCUUGUACUGGUUGGAGUAACUCAGGAUGCAAUGAUCCGUAUGAUGAAACUACAUCAGGCGAUCUUCCAGUUCCAGGCAAUACCUAUUGUUUAAAAGUGGUCUAUCCAAACUAUAUAGAAAGGAUGGCUGGUGGUCGAACAUGUACGCCUGGAAGUAGUGUUGGUGGUAGCGUCCGUUAUUGUUGUUCCAAUAAAGAUUAUUGUAAUCGAACAUCAAGUUGUACUGCUUCUUUGACCGUUAUUGAUAGUUAUGAUAUAUUUAGUAGUCGGCUAUCAUCAUUACCUUCCAAUCAAUCAUUUAUUGCAUUACUCAGUGCAAGUAGAUCAAGCAAACGUGCUCAAGGUUUUGUAAAGAAUUGA